GGCUCAGUAGAGCUGUCUCGGCUGUCCGCGCCGUCCCUCUGCCCGCCUGGCGAACCCGGCUGGCCGCACCCCGGCCGCCCCCGUCCCGGUCCCCGCCGCAGCCAUGUCCAAGGAGGCGCGUGCCGGGCGGGGCGAGAUCCUGGAGUGCCAGGCGAUGUGGGAGCCCGACAGCAAGAAGAGCACGCAGAUGGACCGCUUCCGGGCGGUCGCCGCCGCCGCCUGCGGCCUGGCGCUGGAGAAUUAUGAUGACUUGUACCAUUGGUCAGUUGAAUCUUAUUCAGACUUCUGGGCUGAGUUCUGGAAAUUCAGUGGAAUUGUUUUCUCACGCAAGUAUGAUGAGGUUGUGGACACAUCUAAAGGGAUUGCAGAUGUCCCCGAGUGGUUCAGAGGCAGUCGCCUGAACUAUGCAGAAAACCUCCUGUGGCACAAAGAGAAUGACAGAGUUGCCCUUUAUGUUGCAAGGGAAGGCAAAGAGGAAAUUGUGAAGGUGACUUUUGAAGAGUUGAGGCAACAGGUGGCUUUGUUUGCAGCAGCCAUGAGGAGAAUGGGUGUGAAAAAGGGAGACCGGGUCGUGGGUUAUUUACCCAAUAGCGUGCACGCAGUGGAGGCGAUGCUGGCCACGACGAGUAUCGGUGCCAUCUGGAGCUCCACAUCUCCAGACUUCGGUGUGAAUGGUGUCCUGGACCGAUUUUCGCAAAUUCAGCCAAAGCUCAUCUUCUCCGUGGAAGCUGUUGUCUACAAUGGCAAAGAGCACAGACACAUGGACAAGCUGCAGCAGGUGGUCAAAGGACUACCAGACUUGAAAAAAGUGGUGGUGAUUCCUUAUGUUACCUCUAGGGAGAAGAUAGACAUUUCGAAGAUUCCAAAUAGCAUAUUCCUGGAUGAUUUUCUUGCAUCCAGGGCAGGUGAGCCAGCCCCCCAGCUGGAGUUCGAGCAGCUGCCCUUCAGCCACCCUCUCUUCAUUAUGUUCUCGUCGGGCACGACUGGAGCGCCCAAGUGCAUGGUGCAUUCUGCGGGGGGGACCCUCAUCCAGCAUCUGAAGGAGCAUGUGCUUCACAGUGACAUGACCAGCAGUGACAUCCUCUUGUACUAUACCACGGUCGGCUGGAUGAUGUGGAACUGGAUGGUGUCCGCUCUCGCCACGGGAGCAUCUGUGGUCUUGUAUGACGGCUCCCCCCUGGUCCCGACGCCCAACGUGCUUUGGGACCUGGUUGACAGGAUAGGCAUCACCAUCUUGGGAACAGGUGCCAAGUGGCUGUCCGUGCUCGAAGAUAAAGACAUGAAGCCAGUGGAAACCCACAAUCUCCAGACACUUCGCAUGAUCCUGUCUACAGGGUCCCCCCUGAAAGCCCAAAGCUAUGAGUACGUCUACAAAAACAUCAAGAGCAGCGUUCUGCUGGGCUCCAUAUCAGGUGGCACUGACAUCAUCUCCUGCUUCAUGGGCCAGAAUUCUUCUGUUCCUGUCUAUAAAGGGGAGAUUCAGGCCCGGAACCUGGGAAUGGCUGUGGAAGCAUGGAAUGAGGAAGGAAAGGCCGUCUGGGGAGAGAGUGGUGAGCUGGUGUGUACUAAGCCACUUCCCUGCCAGCCCACGCACUUCUGGAACGACGAGAAUGGCAGCAAGUAUAGGAACGCAUAUUUCUCCAAAUUCCCAGGUAUCUGGGCACAUGGCGACUACUGUAGAAUCAACCCCAAGACCGGGGGCAUCAUCAUGCUUGGCCGGAGUGAUGGUACGCUCAACCCCAAUGGAGUACGGUUUGGCAGCUCUGAAAUCUACAACAUUGUGGAAGCCUUUGAGGAGGUGAUGGACAGCCUGUGUGUCCCCCAGUAUAACAAGGAUGGGGAGGAGAGGGUGCUCCUCUUCCUGAAGAUGGCUUCUGGGCAUGUAUUCCGGCCUGACUUGGUGAAGAGGAUCCGUGAGGCCAUCCGUGUGGGCUUGUCUGCACGACACAUCCCCAGCCUCAUCUUGGAAACCAAGGGCAUCCCGUACACGCUCAGUGGCAAGAAAGUGGAAGUGGCUGUGAAGCAGAUCAUCGCUGGAAAAGCCGUAGAACACCGGGGGGCUUUCUCAAACCCCAAGGCCCUGGAUUUGUACCAGAACAUUCCUGAGCUGCAGGAUUUCUGAAUUGGACUGGCUUGCAUGUUGUUCAGCCACACGUGUGUGCACUGGAACUCUUGUAUGUUCUAGAAGUUACUUGGAAACCUACAGCUGUUUUAAAAGGAAAUUUGCACUAAGUGCCGUAUAGGCUUGGGGAAGAAUCAUUUCUCUUUCACAGUUAGAUCUGGUGGGUGCCUGGGUCUUCUCGCUAGAAUGGGAUCCUGCCCUUCAGAGACCCACAGGAAGGUCUGGGUUGUGCGUGUGCCACCGCUUUCAGAGUGUGUGUGUCUUGGCCCACCUACCGAGGAGUGGGCACUGUUGUGUGGGGCUGGCUGGGGUUCUGGCAACACACAUCACACCCCUGAGGAGCGAUCUGUCCUCCAGCCUCAUGAUCCCCUUGUUCGUUUCGCUCUUGUGAGGUGCAAAUCAUUUCUUCUUUUUCUCAAUCCCAUGGCUCUCCAGUUUCACUCAGGGCCUGUCCAACCACUGCUGAGCAUCAGCUAGUACAAGCAAGGGACGCCCGGAUAUGACUUGACACCAGCUUUUCACAGCUGACUAUUAGGACCCUGAGGGUUGACCAUGCGUCAUUUGUGUUGUGGACGGAAUACAGUUCAUGGUACAGCCAUGUGUUACACUCCAACCAAACAGCAUCUCCCCGCCAGUGGAAAGUUCUCUCUGAAGAACCAGUGGAUUUUACUCUUUAAUAUGAUCUUUUUAUUUCAUAGACUUUGAACAGUUUAAAAAUGUUUUUAAUGUUAAUUUGGGGGUCUUUGAGCACUGUAUGUCCACCCUGCGUUCCUCCUGGGUAUGCUGGGCAAGCCUCCAGGCUGUGUGCCCAGGCAGUAUGAUCACCGUGGAUGCUAGAGACAGCUGCCCAGCCAGGCCCCAGGAGGAGGUGGCAUUGCCGCACUUCUUCCACCUGAAGGUUCUUAGAAUGUUCAUAUCGAAAUUGUCAUCGUACUUGUAAAUCGAGUCAUGGGUGUUGAUAGCCAGGUGGUUUGUAUGUACUUUUCAUUUUUUUUUUUUUUUUUUUUUGACUGGUAAGGGGAUCGCAACCCUCAGCACGGUGUGUUCUGCACCAUGCUCAGCCAGUGAGCGCAACGGCCAUCCCUAUAUAGGAUCCGAACCUGCGGCCUUGGCGCUACCAGCGCUGCAUGCACUCCCCCGAGUCCAGCCCUGUAUGUACUUUUCAGUUCAGCAUAUUAGUAUAUGUCAGUAAUCCUGAUGUUUGUUUUUGUAUUUUUUUUUUAAACUUAGCAUGAUGAAAUACUUUAUUAAAUCCUUUUUCUUCUGGAUUAUAAAAUUAUAGGGGAAAGUGCUAUGAGGAAUUUUAUGCAAAUAAAUGUGUGUGCUCACACAUACCUGUA